CCGAUAAUUCGAUUCCCUAUAAAACCACUGGUUGAUUCUUCGGUCACCAUCAGAAGCCAGUGCAACGUAGAUUCCUCCAUCGACAUGUUCCAACUAGUUGUUCUCAGCGCACUCGUCGUCUUCGGACCGAUUCGGAUCGCCCAGGCCCAGACCAGUCCGGAAGGUUGUGAAUCUGCCAGCUGCAGUAGUUUCAAGAAUAUCAACACCCUGUACUGCCACAUCAAUAAGGCCAGGUUCUGCCAGUGUCGUCCGGGCUUGGGCAACGCCUGGGUCCUGCAGGUGAUGCCCUGUCCCGAUCCGGAAACGGUGUUCAGUUUCAAGCACCAAGUGUGUGUUCAUCCUUGGAUGCGGGAUGAUCGGGACUGUGGCAUUCCAGGAGAUACAUUAGGUGACGACUGUGUAUCGGUUCCGUGCAAGACAUUUGAGGACAUUAAUACCCUGAAGUGCCAUCCGGAGAAGAACCAAUUCUGUCAGUGCCGGCCUAUCUCUACGCGACCGGACGACCCCAAUAAGGGGUUGUUUGCGGGGAUAUCGAUGCCCUGUGCCAAGGGAACUUCGUUCAGCUUCCAGCAGCAGACAUGUGUUCACGAUGGACUCUGGGUCGACAGCUGUCCAUAUGAGGACUAAUAAAAAUUGAAAGAUAUUUUAAUUA